UUGACACUGGUACAAAAGCUAGAAAUACAUACCAGUAGGAAAAGAGAAUCAGAAAAAACGAAGUGUCGUCAAUCUCAUAAAGCCAUAAAGCUCGAGUUAUUUGUGAAAUAACGUUAUUGUUUUCUUUUUAUAAUUCAAUUCGUCAUGUCUGACAAUUUACAUACCUUAAUCGGAAAAAAUCCGAAAAAGAAGAAACAAAAGAAAAAACCACAACCCAACCGUGUUUGGAUCCGACCACAAGCACCUAUUACCCGUCCUCGCCCUCUUAUGUCCAUGCCCGUGUACCCCCCUAUCCCUAACAUUAAUGCACCUAGAGGCCCUCCUGUAGUUUUCCAAGCCCCUCAUCAACAACCAGAAACAAUGAUUGAUCUUUUUGAUGACACCGCUCCAAGUACUCCACUCCUAAAGACUCCACUGCCGAAGACUCCUUUACUUAAAACACCUCUGCUGAAAACUCCAUUGACAAGGACCCCACUUCUGCAGACUCCAGUUGGAAACUGGAAGCCAGUUAUUCAGGAAGCCGUGAGACCUAGUGAGGCAGAUCAGUUGACCGCGUCUGCCCUAGAAGAAAGGUGGAAACGUUUCCAAGAAAACCUCCGAAUGAAACGAGUUAUAGAUACAUGUCUUAUGAAGACGGUACCGCAACAAAAUAAAAAUAAAAAACCUAAUCCGAGACCGAAACCAAAACCAAAACCUAGGCCCCAAGCUAGAACUGAACCUAUAAUACAAGCUCAGAUGCAACCUAAACCUAAGACCGAAAAAGAAAUCCGUUGGGAAUUAAACUCCUUGGAUGAGAAAGAGGAACCCAUAUGUGAACAGAAGAAUAACGCAGACCAGAGUAUAAAUAUUUCACCACAGCAGUCUCCCAGUGCCCAGGAUAAAACUGCCCUUAACCCAAAAAUAAUAGAAGGGAUAGCGUCGGAAAUUAAGUUCGUCGUACACAAAAAGCCUGAACUCCAACCUUCAAUCAUGAGAGAAGAUUCGGAAGAAAAAAAUAAAACGAGAUCUUCAACUCCAUCGUCGACAGCAUCUAUGAAUAAUCCACAGGACAACAGGAAUUACCCAACUCCUAAAACCAUUAUGGAUUACAUGCAAGCCAUGGGAAAUUAUCCUAAAGGUGUGCCGCGAAGUUUUUUGAAGCAACAGCAAAACUUUGGCGCUAUACAGCCUCAGGACUGUUCUAAUUCUCAUAUUUCAGAGCUAAACGACGGUUCCCUGUCUCCAAACAGUGCAGCUGGCCAGAAACGCCUGAGUGCUUUCCAGCGCCUUGGCCCGCCCUCGCAGCCCAAAAAGCCGAAGCUCACAAUUAAUUUACUUUGCAAUAGUGACCAGUCCGUCAGAGAAGUAGUGGAUAAAACAGAAGAAGAAGACAAAUACUUGCCAGUACAUCAGCGCAAGGACAUUUUAGAGAGUACAGAUGAGAUCGUCCAAAAGUAUUUGACGUUUUGGCCGUGGAAACGAAAUUUAAACGUUAGGAGGAGUGUUACAUCUCGGCAUUCAAAGUCAGUCAUGAUCUUGGAGCUAGAGCAAAUGGAAGAGGUGUACGAGAAGGAUAAUAUAUUCAUACAAGUGGCACUCAAGGGGUACCCGUCGAGUUGGAGAAAGGAACAAGUGCUUGAUGCCUUACUUGACAAUUUGAAGGGGAAGAGCUUCAUACCUUGCUUUACAGAGUUCACACCGCAAGAAUGCAAAUUCGCCGUGAUCCGUAGCAGAGCAGCCUUAUCAACAAUUCACAAGCUUGGGUUUAACAUUCGUAAGGACGACGUCGAACUGAGCAUAACGAUAUCGAAUAUAGACUUGUCCAUCAAUAUGCUGGACUUUAUACCGAGACUUGUGCUACGGAAAGUACUCUCGCGAGGUUAUGACGGUGAAAGGCAGCUAGAUUUGAGUGCUUUUACUCUUAAAUCAGACAUAAGCCACUUCAUUUACUUUCCACUGCAUCGUCUGACCAAUCAGAGCGAGUUGCUAUCCUUACAAAGCACUGUUGCUUGGAAUUACCUUACUGAUCUCGACCUUUCACAUAAUCGACUUACCACAUUAGACGGUUUCGAUCUCCCAAAAACAACUCCAAAACUGAAACAUCUAGAUCUCUCGUACAAUAACAUUGAAAGAGUGACGACUUUACUCAGAUGCAGAGAGCUGUCUUUACACACUAUUAAGUUGGAAGGAAACCCACUGUGUCACGAUUACAUUGACCCAAGGGAAUAUGUGAGAAUUAUUAGGAUGAUAUAUCCAGGGCUCGUUGAGAUCGAUGGCGUUCAAUUUCAACGCAAAGGCGAAUUUCCGAAAAACAAACGUAAUUACUGCCCGACAGAUGCUAAAGAUAUAACGGAUAAGUUUCUUGGAGUAUUCUUCAACUUGCUCGAAUCACCUCACGAAGACCGCGGUCGUAUUGAAGAAUUGUACCACGAGAAAGCUGUGCUUACAAUCACGCAUCGUUAUAAUAUGCGAUACAGACCAAUCUACCGCUAUUACCGUAAUCUCUUUUUACGAGCGCGUUCCUUUGAAGAGGGCGAAAUGGAGAGCGUGGAAGGAGCUACGUCCAUCGCUAAGCUCAUCAACAAAUGGCCUAUGUUGCAACACGACCCUUAUACAUUUAAUGUUGAUGUUAUCCAUCAUAACGACACAUCAACAGUUAUCCGAAUAAACGGAAUGUUGAAGCAAAUAGUAGAGUCGUUAGCAGAAGAUGAGCAUUUACUAGCGUUCACUCGUACAGUGGUGCUGAGUACAACCAACGGUGUUGAGUACAAGAUACAAAAUGAACUAUUAUAUUGGGAAGAACCCUGCCGAGAUUAUGCUCAUAAGGCGUUUCACAUUAAUGCGUUGAAAUUCAAAAAACCAUCGUUAAAAUUGGAUUCACCGCCUGACGAAGAGUUAAAAGAAAAAUUACUAGAUAUUUUCGUCAAAAUAACUGAGGCGGAAAAAAGACACGCAGAGAAGUGCUUGGAAUUUAAGGAUUGGAAUUUGAAAAUUGCAAUUGAAUACUAUGCAAAACUUGUGAAACUGGAUGAUUUACACCCAUUGAAUGACUAAGUGUGAUUUGAUACUUUUAAGAAAAUAAAUGAACUUGUAAU